UUAUCUAGAUCUAGAAAUCUAGAUUCUAAAAUUAAUCUGUCAUCUAGUCUAGAUUAGAUCUAGAAUCUAUGUACUAAGGCUCCAAACAUUGUUUAGAUCGAGAUCUAUAGAGAUCUUGACAAUGUGCUACAAUACUUCAACAGGAAACUCAUCCAUUCUUAAAUCAUUAGUCACUUGAAAGGGCUUGGGUACAGCUAUAUUGCCUAGUACUUAUUAACAUUUAACCCUGUAGAAAUGGCUAGAGGGUCAAAGGGGAAAAGUGGAAAUGAUAAAGAAGCCAAAAACGAAUCAAGCUCCAAAAGUGAUAAUAAACAGGAUCUCAAAACAGAACACAAAACAGAUAAAUCAGACAAUGGUUCUGGAAAAUCCAGUGAAUCAAAAGCAGACAAGAUAUCUUCCCUAUCAACAGGCAGCCCCACCUUAUCUGCCAGCUCCUCGUGUGAUGAAGUUAAAGGAGCUAUAGGUGUGGUGCCCCCUUCCUCUAGGGAAAAAAUACAGACCCUUCUGGGAGCAUUGUUUAAAAAUGUAAAAGAUAUUCAGGUUGAGCGUGAUAGAGCAGAACACAACCUUACUAACAUCCAUAAAACACAUGAGAAAAUGAGAGAAGAAGGGAAAGUCACACCUUACUACAGACAAAAGCUGAAAUCUUUGUACAGUGCUGCUACAACUGAUGCUGAGGCAGAAGCUGAGGUAAUUAGAUCAGCUCUAGACAAGAUCAAAGAAAUUAAAAAGCUACAAGAGAAAUCAGCCAAACAGAAGCAUGAUUCUGGUCGUCCAAAGCAAAUCAUGAGAAGAGGUGUUCUUAUGUCUCAGCUUCAGCAGAAUGCCACUACAUUGCCUUUGUGGGUGAGCAAACCAGGAGAGAGUCCACCUCCACUGUGUGGUGCAGUACCAGCAGAUAGUAACUAUAUAUCUCAGCCUGAAGAUAAGGUGGCAGCUAGGGUCAAAGGUCAGGAUGGAGAAGAGAACUGGAUCUUAGCUGAAGUUGUUCAUUUUGAUGCACAUACUGGCAAGUAUGAGGUUGAUGAUGUAGAUGCUGAGGAAGGAAAAGAGCGACAUUCAAUCAGCAGACGGAGAGUUGUUCCUCUUCCCAUCUGGAAGGCCAAUCCUGAAACAGAUCCAGGUGCAUUGUUUCCUAAAAAAACGCUUGUGCUGGCUCUGUACCCGCAGACAACUUGUUUCUACAGGGCUCUGAUAGAUGAACCACCAAAGAAGCCUCUUGAUGACUACUCUGUUUUAUUUGAGGACACAUCCUACAGUACUGGUUACUCCCCACCUCUUAUGGUGCCGCAGAGAUAUGUCAUAGCUUGCAAAGAGGACAAAAAGAAAUAGUGGUGUUUUUCUAAACAUGCUUGUGUCUCCCUGAUUGUAAUGCUUGAAUUUUGUCAAGGCAAAUUAUUUUGCUCACUGCCAAAUAGUUCUAAUUUAAGUUGUGCUAAAAUGUUGUUGUUUUUUAAAUAACUUUUUUAAUAAGAACAAUAUGUCAGUAUGUUCUGGCACUUGACCUUCUGACAUAAAUUUUGCCUAUUGAAACAUGACAUUUUUUUCAAGAUUUUUAAUAUUCUUGAGAACUAACCAGGCUUUAUUAGCAUCUGACAUAUUUGGACUACUAAUGAUUGUUGUUCAAUGUGCUAGCCUCAUAAUAUUGGUUUACUAUUGGUCUCAGAUUUAACAUUUAAUAUGACCCAUUUCACUUAGGGAUAUCUUUAGGAAAAAUAAUUAUCUGAAGAUAAUUUCAUGGUCUACGGAGGCCCAGUGGUAAAGCGCUUGGCUUCCAAACCUAGGAGUAGUUAGAAUUCCAGUGAAGACUGGGAUUUUGAUCUUUGAAAUUAUUAGAAGUCCCUGAGUCCUAAAUUUUUGGAAAGUAGAGACAGAUGGUCCUUGUCUGGUCACAUGACACCCUUGUUAAUCUUUGGCACCAUAGAAACAGAUAAGCUUCACAUGAACUGCCCCCAAAGAUCACAAGGUCCUAAAUGAAUACUGUACUUUAAUUUAUGUCAUGGACUACUUUGUGCCUUUAUUAUUACUUGAUUGUUGUGUUUAGCUACAACAGCUGUAUGCUCAAUUCUGGUCCUAUCACCUUUGUAGACAUUCCUGGAGAAAGAGUACCUUUAUCUAGUAUCCAUGCUGCCCUGAGAUGAUAAAGAAUUACGCUAAUGAAGUAUUUUCUUAAGAACCAAUUCUGUGUUAAAUCUUAUUAACAAUGUCACCUCUUCUUUCGAUAUUUAUUGCAAGAUCUUAGAUGGGCAAACAGGUCUUCUAAGUUGCACGUCCCAUACUUUGACAAAAUAGCUUAACGGAAAUAUCAUCUUUCUUUUUUUUUUUUCUAAGUUCAUGUUGUUUUAGUAAAUCUGUUGCCAAGUUAAAACACACAAUUGUUAGUUUAUUUCUUAAUGUUCAAUACAUUUGUUUUUGAUUAUUAUAUCUUCAAAUGAAUAAAAGGAAUACAAAAUUAAGGGC